GUAAGGUUGGUGAGGCAGGAUGACAGCUGAACGGGUCUCAAAGGUACAGCGCUGCAGUCAGUAAAUUAACAACAAAUCACCACAAACUCCCAUUUCCAAGGAGAGGGACCGGCACAUUUCAUCGUGUGUCGCGUUUUGAACAACUGACUGAAGCGUUUGAGUGUUUUUGUUUUUGUCAGAGGACGUGAACCGUCAACCUUUUUACGGAUAUAGUUUCUUCUUUUUUUUUUUUUUUUCCACCAAGAGCGAAAAAGAUCCGAGUCCGGAUGUGCCAGCGGUAUUUAGUUUUUCGCAUGGCGUAGGCACCUUUUCUACAGCGGCAGAUUCUUGAUGAUUGGAGAGUUGGAGGAGGCCCUCGGGGUCGACCGCUUAUCCAACUAUCAUUAACUACACACUCAAAUUUGACCGAAUUCCGAAUGGAAAAUGAUCAACGAAAUGAUUGUGCAAUAGUGAGGGAAGAGAAGCGUUUACACACGUACCGACUACCUCAAGUGUUGUGACAGUGGAAGAGUGCGAGUCACCAUCUGGGAUACAUUCUGUCUUUUGUUUGCUUCUGUAAAACAAAAUAAACGACUUGGAUUCAAGAGUUUCGUGAGCUUUCACCAAGGGGAGACGAAAAAAAAGAAGAAGAAGGGAUAUAUUUGUGUCCUUGCCUUGUGUGUGUGUGUGUGAGAGAGAGAGAGAGAGAGAGAGAGUGUGGAAGAGUGUGUUGUGAAUCCCUUUCGAGGAUCGGGAAAACCUUCACGAUGACGAGCAGCUGCACCCCAGCGGACAUGAUAAACCUGCGGCUUAUUUUGGUCAGCGGGAAGACGAAAGAGUUCCUCUUCUCUCCCAACGACUCGGCAGCGGACAUCGCCAAACAUGUUUAUGACAACUGGCCAAUGGACUGGGAGGAAGAGCAGGUCAGCAGUCCUAACAUCCUGAGAUUGAUCUACCAAGGCCGUUUUCUACAUGGAAAUGUAACAUUAGGAGCUCUCAAACUGCCCUUGGGGAAGACCACAGUGAUGCAUUUAGUUGCCAGAGAGACUUUGCCUGAGCCAAAUUCCCAAGGUCAGAGGAAUAGAGAGAAGACUGGGGAGAGUAACUGCUGCGUCAUCCUGUAAAUAAACACCUUCGCCGCUGGCCCUCCAUCAUUCUUCUCAUCCGUUCUCAACCCCCAACAUCCUGGACCUUAAGAGCUCGUCCCCUGUCCUGGACGGAUAUGCUUACAGACAAAUGCACACACACUCUCUUCUUGUAUUAUAUAUUUUUUUCAUACCCCCUCUCUGAAACUCACACUUACAUAGAAAGACAGCAGGAUGAUCCAAGAACAGAUUUGGAAGCAUGAAAUUGUUCAAAACUAAAUGAGUUGAUUCAUUGUUUUGUACGUGAUUUGUUGUCAUAACUGAAAAUGAGAGGAAGGAACUGGACUUUGGCUGUGUAUUUUCUUUUCUUAUUUUCUUCUUAAUGCACACCGCCAGCCUUUUGUUAUCCUCCUACACACACAGACAAACACAAACCUUUUCUAGUCAUCCUCAGCAGGUCUGGUAAAAAGUCCGUUUCUAACUGGCUCCUCGUUCUCUAGCUGGAUGUCAUAAUAAUGUAGUGCCCAAGUUUGUGUGUGUGUGGCCUUGUUUUCUCAUACAGACUGCUGAGAAUUUUAACCACUAACACCCUAACAUACACACACACACACACACACACACACACACACACACACACACACACACACACAGACACACACACACAGACAUUCAAACACCAUGGCAUCCUGUCUACACAUCCAACCAUAUGUUCCUGUGUGAUCUCCCUCGGUGCAGCAGAUGAAGCUUAGACGUGCCUGAUCAGAUAACUCAAACAAGGACACACACAUACACAUACAGUAGAUACACACAGACGUGCACACACACACACAUACACCUGUGUCCUUUUUUAACUGCCCUCCUCUGUGUGUGCCUUUAAAGGUCACAAGGGAGAACUCUUUUCUGUUUUGUCUGCAGAGCACUGUAGAGACGAAGCACGUCCAUCUUUCAGUCGUCAUAUUUUAGCCAAACAAAGCCUAACAAACAAACAAGUAAACAGACAAACAAUCCGCGGUGGUUGUCUUGUUUGGGUUAUUUGUUUGUCCAUGACAUUUGUGACUGUGUUUUUGACAGUCCAUGCAUAUUACUGACCGACCAGUGUUGUGAUUAGAAUACGUCAUGUCAGUUCCCCCCUCCUCCUCCUCCUCCUCCUCCUCCUCCUCCUCCUCUCUGAUAGGAAAAGCCUCCUAUUUGUGCUCCUUUUAUAACAGUGUUGUGAAGGAUCUCUGUCCUGGCAGUUGCUGUCCAAGCAGGGAAAUGAAAAUGUUCCUCAUUUGUCUUACUUUGCGCUUCUUAAUCCCACUCUGCAUUAAUAAAUCCAUUUUGCACAAUUUAAGCAUGUGCUCCAUCAGAUUAAUACAAACGUAUACGAGUUUUAUUGUUUUAUUUUAUAUUUUUCAAAAGGAAGUGAUGCUCCAGACAAAACUAAGGUAACGUGUAGAAUAUAUUUAAUAUGAAUCUUAUAUAGGACAUGAUGACUCUAGAUCUUGUUGCUAUACAGUAUAUCGGUGUGUAGUCUAUGAUUGUGUAUACGGUUAGCUUCUAGCCUGUUCACAGUCACUCGCUGACAAUGUCUUGUGCUUAGCAGCAGCAAAAAAGACCUCCCUAAUCAUUGACGGACUGUACUUUUAUUUUCUUCUGUGCUCUUUUAUUAUUAUUUUUUUCAGCUGUUUAUAAUUUAAUGUAAUCCCUUUUUUCUUUUGUGUGUUAAUUCUUUUUUUUGUUUUCAAGAAAUGCGUUGUAAUAGCACUAUAGAUCUUUCAAAAAGAAAUAUUGUUUAUAUUGAUCAGGGUUCAAAUCUGUACAGAGAUAAACGUUUUCAAACCAAUUGUAAAUAGCACUAAUACUCCCUCUACCCUCUCUGAACUUUAAAAUGGGAUACAUCUGUAAACUAAAUAAAGGUUAUUGAAGUGCA